CGCCUUGCAAAGAGGAAAGAAGAAUAACAUUACAGAUUAAAGGCUCAUCAUGAAGUUUUUGACAAUUCUCCUUUGCUUCCUUGUCGCUGCACUUGCUGUUUACGCAGCAGAAGAAACACCAAAAGAAGAAAUUCAAGAUACCGAAAUUGAAAAUGAACAACCGGUCGCAGAUGAUAGCGACGCUGACCAAGAAAAUGACCCCAGUGUUUAUCCAUACCGUGGAAACUACAGAUACAGUAAGAGAUAUGGAGUUCGUGGAUACAGAUAUGGGCAUUCUUCCAGAUACGGAAGUAGAUACACAUACGGAGGUGUUCAUAAAUAUGGUGGACGUGGACGUCAAUAUGGAGGAUAUUCUUACGGACAUGGAGUAAGACGUGGAAAAUACGGAAACAAGGUUUAUGGAGAUGCAACAUAUGGUGGGCGAUAUGCUGGACAUGGACGUCGAUAUGUUGGACAUGGACAAAGAUAUGUUGGACAUGGUCGACGAUAUGUUGGACACGGACGCAGAUAUAUUGGACAUGGGCGCAGAUAUGUUGGACAUGGACGCAGAUAUGUUAGAUAUGGCAAAGGUUAUGGCCGUGGCAUAAGUUACGGUCAUGGAAAAUAUGGACGCAAGGUUUACGGAGAUGCAUCAUACAAAGGUGGUUAUGCGUACGGUGGACGCCGAUAUGGUGGACGCCGAUAUGUUGGACACGGGCGAAGAUAUGUUGGACAUGGACGAAGAUAUGUUGGACAUGGACGCAGAUAUGUUGGAUAUGGUAAAGGUUAUGGCCGUGGCGUAAGUUAUGGACAUGGAAAAUAUGGACGCAAGGUUUACGGAGAUGCAUCAUACAAAGGUGGUUAUACGUACGGUGGACGCCGAUAUGGUGGACGCCCAUAUGGUGGACGCCGAUAUGGUGGACGCCGAUAUGGUGGACACGGUCGAAGAUAUGUUGGACAUGGACGCAGAUAUGUUGGAUAUGGUAAAGGUUAUGGCCGUGGCGUAAGUUACGGACAUGGAAAAUAUGGACGCAAGGUUUACGGAGAUGCAUCAUACAAAGGUGGUUAUACGUACGGUGGACGCCGAUAUGGUGGACGCCGAUAUGGUGGACGCCGAUAUGCUGGACACGGACGACGAUAUGGUGGUCACGGACGAAGAUAUGGUGGAUAUGGUAACCGAUAUGGAAAUCGUGGAUAUGGGUACGGUGCUCGUGGUUACCGCUAUGGUCAUAAGGCGUACGGAGAUGAGCAAUAAAUUUAUAUAAAAACUAAUUAUUUGAUUUUGGUGUUAGAAAAAUAUAUCAUAUUCAUACUACUUACAUU